AUGUUAUCGCCAUUCUCAUCAGCUGAUGAUAAUAAUGACUCAUACAUCAUUGAUUUGUUGUAUAAUUGGUGCAAAGAAAAUGAAAUAGAAAAAGUUCGAAGUCUUUUACCAUUUAUUGGUAAUAUAAAUAUUAUAAAUAAAAUUCAAAAUUCAACUGGUUCAACAUGUUUACAUGUGGCGUGCUAUUAUGGACAUCGAGAUAUGGUACAAAUUUUAUUAGAAUAUGGAGCUCUACAUUCCAUAAGAAACUUACGACACAAUUUAACAUCUUACGAAGAAGCUCCAACAGAUGAUAUAAAACAAUUGUUUUUAGAACAUCGAAAAAUAUUUUCACAUGAUGACUAUGAUUAUAUUGAAUGGUCAGUAGUAGGCGACGAUCUUCUUGGAAAACGACGUGAAUUUCGUGAAGCUAUUGAUUUAUACAAAACCUAUGAUAAUCAUCAUUUAGUAUCAAAAUUAUUAGCUGAAGUUAUUCAUUAUUAUUUAAAUGAAUAUUUGGUAAAUCAAAGUAAUGAUAUUGGCAAUCGGGAAGAUCAAAUAACUCGUAAACAAAUUGAAACUAUUGAAGCAUAUUUUAAAGAAGCUAUAGAAAAACAAGAUUAUUUAACAUAUUUUAUCAAAGCCUAUACAUUAACAAUUUUUUUUUAUCAAGUAUUAAAUAAAAAUUUAGCUCUAUAUAUAUUAGAAUAUUUUGAUGAAACAAAAACGUUUUCAUCAAAUUAUCGUCUUGUAAAUUGUCUUGUUCACAUUGUUAGACUCUUAAUUUAUCAUCCAAAUUUGCCUCAAUAUCGAUAUCAAGGUGUAUGUUAUCGUGGUAUGAGAGUAACACAACAUGAUUUAGAUCAAUAUCAAUUAAAUCAACAUAUACUAAAUCGUGCAUUUUUAUCAACAUCUACUGAUCGUGAAGUAGCUGCAAUGUUUGCUGGUGAAGGUCAACAAUCUCAAAUGAGAUAUACUCCUAAAAAUCAUUGUGCAUUACAAUAUUCAUGUUUAUGUCAAUAUUUAAUAAAACAAAAUUCAACAGCUAUGCAUAUACAAAGUUUAUCAAUGAGACAGGAUGAAAAAGAAGUUUUAAUUGUUCCAUUCACUGUUUUCAAAGUUAUGGCAAUUAAACGAAAUUAUCUUGAUAAUUUAACAGCAUCAAUUUCAAUUUCAAUUGACGAUAAAAAAGAAACAGAAAGUGAUAAAGAAUCGAGAUCAUCAUCAUUGUCAUCAUCUGACAAUGAUAUCAAAGAUACGGAAGACUAUGUCAAAUUUAAACAGCGAACAUAUAUUUUAUAUGGAAUCAUUGGAUUUUUUAUAUUAGCUAUUAUUUUGGUGUUAACUUUUACAUUCAUUUUUAUUUUUGUUGUUAAAAGAAAUUCCACAAAGAAUACCUUAAAUAAUGCAAUGACUUUAUCAGAAACAAAUGAUACUAUCGACUACGAAUCACCACCAGGUAGAAAUAACACAACAAAACGACUUAAAAUCUGGAAUGCACGUCCGCAUCUAGGUCGUGAGAAUUUAACAACAUUCCCGGUCACAUAUAUUGUUAUUAAACAUGUAACUGAUUUGAAACCUGUUAUGAAUCAACAAGAUUGUAUUAAAGAAAUAAGAGAUCUUCAAGGUUUUCAAAUUGAUAAACAAGGUUGGGCUGACAUUGGUUAUAAUUUUCUUAUAUGUAAUGAUAAUAAUGGUGAACAACAAAUUUAUCGAGGUAGAGGAUGGUUGUAUCGUGGUGCACACUGUAUCGAUUAUAAUUACAUGUCUUUGGGUAAGAAUGAAUUCUGCUCUUAA